CUGGAAUAUUCGUGAUGCCUUCUGGAAGUAAUUUGGAAUGAUUUCCAUUUCUAGAGGGAAGCCACGUGACUGUUAUGCUCCACCGAAGCAAACAGUGCAAAAUGCCUGCUUGGGAUAGCGUCAUCGGUGGAGGGGUGAUAUGGCAAGAACCUCGCUUUGCUAUCACAUUCAUUGAUAGUCGGUUAGGCAAAGCCAUCUAAUGCUUAAUAUAUAGCCCACAAGAAAUAAUCGCACACCAUGGCACCCCGCUCGCAAUUGGAGAUCUUCACAUCAUCGGUCCAGCGCCUGGUCAAGGAGGAGGCAUCCUAUCAUAGUGAAAUCAAGCAACAGACGGAGCGGGUCAAGAAGCUAGAAGCUCAGGAUGAAGGCGAUGAGAACAGAGAAUACUUGUUGAACCAGGAGCGCCGUGCACUCGAGGAAAGCAAGAAUGUUUUGCCUAGCUUGAAGACCAAGAUUGAGGACACAGUAGCUAUGCUUGAGAGUCUACUGAUUGAGGAGGGUAAGAGGGGCUCUGAGAGCAGUGUCGAACACAUCACGGCUGCUAAAGAAGCCAUUGCGAAGGCCAAAACGGCUGAGCGGGAGAUUUCAUAGAUAGUGUGUCUACGAAUUGAAAAGUCUUGAUUUCAAUUAUGAGACAAAAUUGCACCAAGAGAUGAAUAUAAACUAAGAAAGGUCCCGCCAUAACUGAAAAUGAACGCCACC